UUUGACGGUACAUUAAAGCUAGUUGGUGCCCAGUUACAGAGAUGCCAGAUGAUCAGUGUGGGAUAGGUGUCCCUCGAGAGAAGGUCACGUGAUGAUCGUUGCCCUGUUACGUCAGCGGCAGAUGGCAUGGGUACCAGCUCUGGCAGUUGGCAUCAGUGUCAUUUCUCAAAGAGAGAAGAGGGAGAGAGAAAGAGACUGCUCAGAAAAUCAGACUGUGGUUUGCACUACAAGAAAGGGUUCUGGUACAGUAAUUCAAAGGACCUGAAACAUGAAAACUGCAUGUUGACACAAAAUCAAGUAUUCUAUUGGGAUUUUUAGGAGAGGAAAAUGUUGACCUUACCCUUCGAGGAGCCUGUUAUGAUGCCUGAUCCACAGUUUGGUGCAAACCUUCCCAGAGAUUGUGUCGCUGAGAAUAAAAGUAGAAAAACUGACACUUUUUUUAAACAAGAUAAAUCACCAAUGCCAGAGUCAAAGCAGACCCAGGAUGAAGAUUCGGAAAAAGAGGAAGAGGAAAGAGAGGAAGUUGGGGAUGAAAAUGGAUUGCCGAGGAGAAGAGGCCCCAGAAAAAAGAAGUUAACCAAAGCGAGAGCAGACAGGGUUAAAUUUAGGCGGCAGGAGGCCAACUCGAGGGAGAGAGGUAGAAUGCAUUGUCUCAACAAUGCCCUGGACAGCCUUAGAAAGGUGGUACCCUGUUACUCAAAAACACAAAAACUCUCCAAAAUAGAGACUUUGCGGCUGGCAAAGAAUUACAUAUGGGCUCUGUCAGAAAUCCUCAGUGCUGGAAAGAGACCCGAUCUUCUUGCCUUCGUGCAGUCCUUGUGUAAAGGAUUGUCACAGCCAACCACUAAUUUAGUGGCAGGGUGUCUGCAGCUCAAUGCCAGAAAUUUCCCAACAGAUCACAACGGGGAAGCAUCUCACUCUGGCAGGUCUCCAUACCAGAACUUGUAUCCACCUUAUCAGAGCCCUGAGCUUGGCACACCUACAGGACAUGGUAGUGGUACCAUGGACAGCGCUAAGCCCUUCAGACCGUACAAUUACUGCAGUACUUACGAGCCUUUCUAUGAAAGUACUUCCCCUGAAUGUGUAAGCCCACAGUUUGAAGGUCCCCUAAGCCCCCCAAUUAACUUUAAUGGGAUAUUUUCCCUUAAGCAUGAAGAAACAGCUGAGUAUGGUAAGAAUUACCACUACGGCAUGCAUUACUGUGCUGUGCCAGCCAGGGGUUCUCUUGGGCAGAAUUCCAUGUUUAGGGUCUCCUCAGACAGUCACUUCCCUUAUGACUUACAUCUGCGCAGUCAACCCUAUGCGAUGCAGGGCGAAAUAAACGCAGCUUUUCAUAAUUAACGUGUUAAACUAAACUGUGGUCAUCACUGUUGGCAGCUAAUUAGUGAAAAUGGUGUCUGUGCAGUAUUCACGCUUGACACAUAAACUAUAUAGUAUAUUCUUACCAUAUUUUGGUAAGUUGCAUUACUUUAAUUUUAUUUUAUUGCAUUAUACUUCCAUCCAUAUCAACCAUAGACCUAUUAAAGUAACCCCUGUAAUUAAUGUAGCUAAUUAUUUUUAUUCUCAUUAUUAUGAUGUCUAUAUUGGUGAGUGUGGCUUUUGUUCAGCUAUGUUUUCAAAACACACUUCAAUGUUAUCAAGUCUAUGCUUAUUACAUAAUUACAUAAUAAAAGAAAUAUGUAAUAUAAUUCUUCAAGAUGUAUUGUUCGCUUAAAUCUUUGAUUACAAUUUUACCAGGAAAUGUGAAAAUGAAACGUUUUGGAUUGUAUGUAUAAAUAAUGUUCAUACUGUUGAAAUCCUAGCUUGCCGAUGAAUACGAAAUGUGUAUUUAACCUAUGUAUGUUAUUCCAGUAGUAAGAGGAUACUGCCCUUUCCGAAUUGAACCUAAUGCACAUAAACGAGGAACAUUUUGUAUUUCUCAUAAAUAUAACAAUAACACUACUACUACUACGACAACUAAUAAUAAUAAUAAUAAUAAUAAUAAUAAUAAUAAUAAUAAUAAUAAUAAUAAUUUAUGAAAUCGAUAGAUAUAUAACGCAGCAAGCAAUAAAGGCAAUUAGCAACAAAAACUAUGCACCAUAGAAUAUGCUCCCUUAAUAAGCCUUCCCAUGUGCAUGUGUUCCAUACACAUACACAAGAUGUCACUGGGACGAGUGUCCUACUCUCCGUGUUUUAUCUGAAGGGCAAACCAAUGGUUGAUCUUAUCUAGAUUAUGGGUAAUU